GUGAAACCCGCCAUUUUCACUGUGGCCGCUAUAUAUGCCAUAGGUGACCCAGGUAUGGUCGAAUAAUUAAGAGUGCGCCCCAAAAUUCCCUCACUCGUUGGCAAGCUGAACUACUAAACGGCCAUUCUUGACAAUGGUGCGUUAAAGCCCUUCCUUUGGUGACUGUCGUGUUCGGUCAUGUGGGAUCAACUAGUAGAGAUCACCUCAUGUCCUACGGCCGACUCCAGGCCGAGUCGCACUGACGUUGGCACUGCCGGAAGAUGUCGUCGUCGUGUUACAUCUACUGAGGGUAUGUCUCAUCUUACCCAAGUAUAAAAAGUGACUCCUCCUGAUAUUCGCUUUAAAUUCUUAUUUCACAAUAUUUUAUCACACAUUUCCCGCCACUUGUUCAACCGUGCUGAGCCUCAGCGCUCUACGAUAAUGUUAGAUCAACCACAGAAUAUUGGCGUGGAUGGACUCAACCAACGACUCAAACCACCUGGAGAGCCCGAGAUCAAUUAUGACUGCACGUCAUCUGAAAGUGACCAUGUCCCCAGGAUGCUUGCUAGCUCAACGGCAUCGUUUUCUGAAACCGAGAACUUUGCAGUUGGAUCGCCACAGCAUGUUACGGAAGCUCACGUUGCCCGACAGGACUCGGAAGUGAUCUCUUCCGCAACUACUAUUUUUGGUUUGGCGACGCUCUAUAGUGUUCAGGCUACCAGCACUUCAUUUACUCUAUUUACAACCUCUAUUAUUUCAUCCCCCAACUCACUCUCAUCAUCUGCACACAGUACCUCUCAACUGUCACUGUCUGAUAGCUACGGCCCCUCUGCGUCACCAAGCUCGUGCGAUGAAUGUUCACCGGCUUUUGGAGCCACCACCACAUCGCUUCAGCUUGUCCUGCCCACAGUUUCAUCUUCCAGUGGUGUUUUGGUUUCGACCCCAUUUGCUCAACCAACAGCAAUAUCUGACACCAGCCCAAACUCUCCAAACGUGGCUGCCACCGCAGGAGGGGCUACCGGGGCAGUCGCGCUUCUUGCUCUGCUAGUUUUUAUUGUGACACGGUAUCGCAGGAAAAAAAAACUUCUCGUGACACCUUUCAACCUCCCCCCAACUGCAGAAACAGUGCAUCUCGAUUCAGAGCCGUGUGUGAAUUCCGGGAAUGUCCUUCCUCCGAUGAGCAUUGGCCCAUCGUUCGUUCGACACCCUGACGCAUGUUUUGUGGAGCUUUCUAUGGACAGAUGCCCAUCCUUUGCUACAGAUCCCGUAUACUCUCACCUGCCGCCCAACGAUGAUGACGCCUCUGCAUCCACCAUUGCCCGGCAUCGACGGACCAACGAGCUAGAAAAGCUGUAUCCGUCUCGUGCCCUCCCUUCGUAUCAUCGUUGCCACUGCAGUGUAGCAAACCGGAUUGGGCAGGCCGUUAUGGAGGAUUGUUCGCGAACAACGAGCGAAACGCUACCAGCGUAUCGUUCAGCAAAAUCCUUGAAGAAUGGGGAAGCAGAUCGUGAUGAUCAUUGACAUUAUGUCCUUCGUAUCUCUUAUCCUCCGCAGUCCCAUGGAAUCAUAGACAAUUGCAUUGAUCGAAAUCACCAGGACCACAUACAUGCAAGUAUUACUAUUUACCUUGUAUAUACCCACGGUCUAUUUUACGUGUUCACUGGGCGGCCGAAGUAAUUUGGUAACUUAG